AUGGGGGACUGGAGCUUUCUGGGUAAUAUUUUAGAGGAAGUGAAUGAGCACUCAACGGUGAUCGGCCGGGUGUGGCUCACGGUCCUCUUCAUCUUUCGAAUCCUCAUCCUGGGUACGGCGGCAGAGUUUGUGUGGGGUGACGAGCAGUCGGACUAUGUCUGUAACACGAAGCAGCCCGGUUGUGAGAACGUGUGUUACGACGAGGCCUUCCCCAUCUCCCACAUUCGCCUGUGGGUUCUGCAGAUCAUCUUCGUGUCCACGCCAUCUCUGGUGUACGUAGGCCAUGCCGUGCACCACGUCCACAUGGAGGAGAAACGCAAAGAGCGUGAGGAGGCUGAGCUGAGUCGCCAGCAGGAGCUGAGUGAGGAGCGGCUGCCUCUAGCGCCCGACCAGGGCAGUGUGCGCACCACCAAGGAGACCAGCACCAAGGGCAGCAAGAAGUUCAGGCUGGAAGGCACCCUGCUAAGGACCUAUAUCUGCCACAUAAUCUUCAAGACGCUGUUUGAGGUGGGCUUCGUCGUGGGCCAGUACUUCCUGUACGGCUUCCGCAUCCUGCCGCUGUACAAAUGCAGCCGCUGGCCCUGCCCCAACACUGUGGACUGCUUCGUGUCGCGCCCCACAGAGAAGACUGUCUUCAUCAUAUUCAUGCUGGCCGUGGCCUGCGUCUCCCUCUUCCUCAACUUCGUGGAGAUUAGUCACCUGAGCCUGAAGAAGAUCCGCUUUGUCUUCUGCAAGCCAGCCCCGGGGCCAGCCCAGGGUGAGGGCCCAAGCCCCCUGCCCUCUCCAGGGGGGGUCCUCAAGAGCCUGCCCCCCCUGGCCAUGCCUUCCUUCCAGAGGACAAAAGGCUACAGGCUGCUGGAGGAGGAGACCCACCCCUACCCCCUGGCGGAGGCAUGCAUGGAGGCAGGGAGGCUAAUCCCUCUGGCCCCGCCCUUUCAGUGCAAGGAGGAGAAAGCGGAGGAACUGGGGCACAUGGAGGACAUUUCGAAGGUGUACGAUGGGACCUUGCCUUCCUACGUCCAGACCACAGAGAUAGGGGAGGAAACACUACCACUACACCAAGAGAAGGAGGAGCAGCAGGAGGAGGAGGUGGAGGAUGAAGAGGAGGAGACGAUGGAUACGAUAGAGGACACAAGACCACUGAGCAGAUUGAGCAAAGCCAGCAGCAGGGCCAGGUCAGACGAUCUCACCGUAUGA